AUGCAAUUGCUCAUCAUUCUCGCUCUUGUCGGAUCUUCUUUAGCAUUACUAGGAAUCGGCAGGACGCAAUCUGUAGCGGUACAAGGACGGCUAAUUUGCAAUGGACAACCGGCUUCUAAUGUUAAAGUAAAGCUCUACGAAAAGGAAUCCACUUUCGACGUGAAUAUGGCUGAAGGUGUAACAAAUCAAAAUGGAGAAUUUCGACUUACCGGUUCAAAAACCGAGAUCUCAACAAUUGACCCGAAAGUGAACAUCUAUCACAAAUGCAAUUACAAUGGUCUUUGUUACCGAAAGUUCGGCAUUACCAUCCCGGACAAUUACGUCAGCACUGGACAGAAUCCACAACAGACUUUUGACAUUGGAACGAUUAAUCUUGCCAAUCGUUUCACUGGUGAAACUACGGAUUGUAUAAAUUGAAUGUACAUAAUGGAAAUAAAGAAUUUUCCUUU